GCUACGCACCGAGUUAUUGGAUCAACUGAUCGACAAACGGCCACGAAUCUCAGCUUUUCUUGAUCUUGCUGAGCCGUUUACAUUUUAACCAAAGAUGAAAGAAGCUCUAGUCCCCACUGGUGCUUCGACAAUCAAGGACCCUACCGUGGCACUAAGUGUGGCUUCGGCGAUCUCCUUCCCUUUAGAUAAGGUAGCUUGCCAAGCCGAACCAGAUGUGGUGUCGAUUGCCCUAGCCGCUCAAUCAACUAUUUUAGCGGAGAAACAGAUCGCUGAAAUCUGCCGCAGUCAUUGCGAUGCUGUUGAGUUAAUCAGCUCACUUAAGGUAGAGGUCGCAACUGAGCAGAACAAGGCUAAGUCUGCAAUUGCUGACUUGGCGAUUAUAACGACAAAAGCCGAGGCCAAGGAGAAAAAGGCCGAAGAAGAAUGCGCGAUGGCCGUUGUCGAGGAGGAAAAGGCAAAUCAUGUUGACUUGCUUUGGAGGGCCGCUGAAGAAACAACCAAUGUUGCCGAGGAGGAAAAGGCGAAGCACGUUGACUUGCUUCAGAGGUCCGCUGAAGAAAGAGCCAAGGUUAUCAACACCGCUCUAGCAAAGGCCAAAGAAGAAAUAAAAAAAACUCAAAGCCAAUCUCCAGGAGGUGAAGCAUGCGAAAGAACAAGUGGAUUUGGAGGCGUCUAAAGCAUUUGAGGCAUUUGAGGCCAGAGAGACAUCAACUCUGGAGAAAUAUGCCGAUAAGGCCUUAAAAUUUGAAAAUGGAAACAUGAAACAUGGUUGACUCAAACCUUUGGCGGCCACAAAGAUGACGCUGGACAUGCCGAUUUUGUACGAGCAAAAGGAGGUAGAGCCGCUGGAAUAAGAUCUUGAAGACUUCUAAGGCCGAGUAGUGCAAGGAACAUAAAUAAGAUAUGUUAUUUUUAUUUUUAUUUUUGUUUGCUUGUCUUUGUAUUUGUUUUGGUUUUAGCAAAUGUGUAGUAAUAGGUCCGUUUUCAUGUAUAAGGUGAAAUAUUUGUACCUUAUUCAGUUUAUCAAUGAAAAUGCUCCUACUGAAUCCUUUCGUCUACUUGUUCAAUUUAUCAA